AUGUCGCGCGGAGCUGGUUUCAGGGACUUUGCCAACCCCUGCGCCUGGACGAAGGGAGAACACCUUGGUGUCCUUUUGCCAGAUGAUGAGACCAAGCUCCCGGUGCUGCAGAGGGGGUUGGUCCAAAGGGCGGAAGUGGUCGACGGCCUUCUGCGAGUCCACCCUGCAAUCUCGGAAGAUGGCAUCUUGACGAAGCUCCACAUGGGACAUCAUGACUAUCACGCUUAUGACGUGCAUCUCUUUUGGGCGAACGUGCGCGAGCGCGUGAAGCAGCAGGUGGCUGCCUUCCGCGCGUAG